GGCAUCCGCGGCUCUGGCCCACCCGCCGAGGGCGGCCCUGACAAGGAGAAGUACGACAAGCUCAUCAAGCAGCUGGAGGACAUGGCUAAAGACCUCGGCUAUGGCGGGGGUGCAGCUGCUGCUGGCGGGCUCAACCAUGCCGUGCCGCUCGACAUGGAGCUCGACAGCCUGCUCGGCGACAACUCCUUCAUCACUGAGCUGGAGAGCAAGCACGGCAUCAAGCACGAGCUGGCCACCAGCAUCUUCAAUGAGGCUAAGGAGCGGCUCGCGAAGCAG